UUACGCACGCCUCGGCCGGCGGCGGCGGCGGCGGCAGCAGCAGCAGCGAGGGCGGGGCAGACGGUUCCCGGAGGGAUUUGCCUCCUGGAACCUCGAGGUAGCUUCGGCAGCAUGUGAGCAACUUCUUGCCAAGGACCCGGGUCACCGCUGAGAAGGGGGCCUCAGGGAGAAAAGUAUCCAGAGGAAACCAGCGCCAGACGCGUCUGGAAUUCCACGCACCGCAGGCAGCAUGAGGCGUGCCGUGCCAGCCCCUGCGGCCUCCUGGCACGGCCUCUAGCUCUCCAGGGAGGAGGGUCCUGGGAGCAGUGCGCCCGGAGCCUCGCCAGAGGAAGCACGGGGCCAGGUGUGAACGCUCUACGAUGGACGCAAUUUUCAGCUUAUGAAGGAGUUUUAAGGAAAACAGUUAUUUAAUUUCCACAUAGUCACGUUCACUAGCCUUCUGUGGGAAGUGCCAGCAGUCACCCCCCUCCACUGGGGUUAUCGGGAUUUUUCUGGCACCAAGUUGAACUCUUCUUGGUACUUCUGGCAAUGACACAUCCUCAGGAGAGAUUUACCUGCUAAAUGCUCUCGGACAGGAGAAAAAGUAAAACCUCAGGAAGCAGCGCGAGAGGAGCAGAGCCCAGAUCGCGCCCUCGCCGCUCACUCGCCCAGACACUCUGCCUGGCCUCGGAUGCUGGCACUGAAGACUGACCCUGCCCCCUCCACCCCUGCAGCCCGUCUCUUCUGGGGAGGGCUGGCCGCCUCGGGGGCCCCCUUCUGCUCUCAUCCUACUCCCAGGCUCUCUGCUCCGGCCGUCGAGUGACGUGAACUUGGGAAUGGAGUUGGAGCCCCUCCCCAGGCCGGUGCUGUCGGAGAGGACCAUCUGAGGCCGAGCUCUGUUUGUGGGGAGGAGGGCGCUGGCCUGGCCCGCAUCCUCCACCAUGUUCCUGUUGCUGCCUUUUGACAGCCUGAUUGUCAGCCUCCUGGGCAUCUCCCUGACCGUCCUCUUCACCCUCCUCCUGGUCUUCAUCAUAGUGCCCGCCAUUUUCGGGGUCUCCUUUGGUAUCCGGAAGCUCUACAUGAAAACUUUGUUAAAGAUCUUUGCGUGGGCGACCUUGAGGAUGGAGCGAGGCGCCAAGGAGAAGAACCACCAGCUCUACAAGCCCUACACCAACGGAAUCAUUGCAAAAGAUCCCACGUCACUAGAAGAAGAGAUCAAAGAAAUUCGCCGGAGUGGUAGCAGUAAGGCUCUGGACAACACUCCCGAGUUUGAGCUCUCUGACAUUUUCUACUUCUGCCGGAAAGGGAUGGAGACCAUUAUGGACGAUGAGGUGACAAAGAGGUUCUCGGCAGAGGAGUUGGAGUCCUGGAACUUGCUGAGCAGGACCAAUUACAACUUCCAGUACAUCAGCCUUCGGCUCACCGUGCUCUGGGGCUUAGGAGUGCUGAUCCGGUACUGCUUCCUCCUGCCUCUCAGGAUAGCUCUUGCUUUCACGGGGAUUAGCCUCCUGGUGGUGGGCACAACCGUGGUGGGCUACCUGCCAAACGGGAGGUUUAAGGAGUUCCUGAGUAAGCACGUGCACCUAAUGUGCUAUCGCAUCUGCGUACGGGCCCUGACGGCCAUCAUUACCUACCACGACAGGAAGAACCGGCCUAGAAACGGCGGCAUCUGCGUGGCCAAUCAUACGUCUCCCAUUGACGUCAUCAUUUUGGCCAGUGAUGGCUAUUACGCCAUGGUGGGGCAGGUGCACGGCGGCCUCAUGGGCGUCAUCCAGAGAGCCAUGGUGAAGGCCUGCCCCCACGUCUGGUUCGAGCGCUCGGAAGUGAAGGAUCGCCACCUUGUGGCUAAAAGGCUGACUGAGCACGUGCAGGAUACAAGCAAGCUGCCCAUCCUCAUCUUCCCGGAGGGAACCUGCAUCAACAAUACAUCUGUGAUGAUGUUCAAAAAGGGAAGUUUUGAAAUUGGAGCCACAGUUUACCCCGUUGCGAUCAAGUACGACCCUCAGUUCGGUGAUGCUUUCUGGAACAGCAGCAAGUACGGGAUGGUGACGUACCUGCUGAGGAUGAUGACCAGCUGGGCCAUCGUCUGCAGCGUGUGGUACCUGCCUCCCAUGACCAGAGAGGCCGAGGAAGAUGCCGUCCAGUUUGCAAACAGGGUGAAGUCCGCCAUUGCCAGGCAGGGAGGCCUCGUGGACCUGCUGUGGGACGGCGGUCUGAAGCGGGAGAAGGUGAAGGACGCGUUCAAGGAGGAGCAGCAGAAGCUGUACAGCAAGGCGAUCGCCGGCGGCCACGAGGGCCGGAGCCGGUCCUGAGCCCGCGCCGCCGCUCCCAGGGCCGGCUGCCUUCUCGUUCCUUCUCCGCCGAGUCCGCGGGAGCGGUGCCACUGAAGUCCCCUCCCCAGCGUGCCCGUGCGGCCCGAGUGCGGGGCGACAGCCUGCCGUCCCCACUCGGGAUCCGGGGUGCGGUCUGUCCCCGAGGCCCGCCUGCGGGCGGGGGCCUCACCGGGCCAGGCCCGCCCCGAGGAAGGCGCGGCCUCGGGGCCCCGCAGACUCGAGAAGAGAACGUGCGGUGUGCAGGGGCCCUCGGCAGACGGGCGGUCCCGGCCCGGGCCGCUGGCCGCGGGGCCAGGCACGCACGGGGACCGGCCCUCCCGCUCCGGCCGCACCCUGCCAGCUCGGCCUCGGCUGCCCCGCUGUCCCCUGGGCUGGGGGCGGGUGGCGACACCUACCUCACCGGGUUGCUGUGGCAGCUCACGCGCUACCACGAGGGGAGGGCGGUCAGCUCAGCGUUGCGGGUCCAGGGCCGGGGGUGGGGCGGGACGAGGGGAGCUGGAGCCGCCCACGGGGCUCCGGGUUUGUUUCUGUGAGUAAAUAAAGUUGUCUUCGAUGGUGACUG